AUGUAUUUGAUUUUUCUCAUACCAGCUGGUAGUCCUUCACAUGUUAGUGAACCAAAUGAAACGAUAUCAAGUCCUCAGUGGAAACUUGCAGACAAAAUUGCAAGAACUGGAUUCUUGGUGGUAGUUCCUGAUUUUUUCUAUGGUGAUCCGAUCAUUGAUUUCAAUGACCCUAACUUUGAUGUAAACUCAUGGUCAAACGUUCACAACGCGGAUAAAGGAAAUGAGGAUACCAAAGCUGUGAUUGCAGCUCUAAGAAGUAAAGGUAUUUCAGCCAUUGGGGCAGCAGGUUUUUGCUGGUUUGGGAUGAUGUUAAAGUUCAUUGUUUCAGAUGUGAAAGUUCCUAUUGCUAUAUUAGGAGCUGAGAUUGACCAUAUUUCCCCACCGGAACAACUGAAACAGUUUGGAGAGAAGUUGUCAGCAAAAUCUGAGUUUGAUAGCUUUGUGAAAAUAUUCCCUGGUGUGGCUCAUGGAUGGACAGUAAAGUACAAUGUUGAGGAUGAGUCAGCUGUAAAAAGUGCUAAAGAGUCUCAUUUGGACAUGUUAAAUUGGUUUGCCAAGUAUGUCAAGUGAAAAUUGAUUUGUAAACUGAUGCAGACACCAGAUAUUGUGCCAAUUUGACCUAGAUUUUGUGCUUUAUUUGAGUUUUGAAUAAGUUUGAUUUUUAUUUUGAUUGGGGUCUUUUUUAUAGGAUUAAAUUAAUGACAUGAUUCUAGAUUUUCUUGUUGAUUUGUUCCUAAAAGCCCUAAACCCUAAAAUCCAUUAGACAUGGCAUUGGUACAUGUUCAAAAUAUCUGUCAAUCUGUCAUGCAAAUCCCAUUCCUAUUAUCCUAGCCAAUAACUUGAAUGGGUU